AGGUUCUAUAUACAAAAUGGCACAAGCAGCGCAAAAAGCAGCCCAACAGGCAGCCCAAUUGGUUACCAAGAACAGUGCUCCUAUUACUAGCAGGGUCGCGCGCGCAUGGCCUGCCAUCAAGACUGAGCUAGGUCCCCCCGCCAUGGACACUUGGCCCCAGGCAAAGACCGCUGGUCUGAAGCUCAUCGAGUCCGCCAAGAACAAAGACUAUCUAAACUGCACCGUCAAAACUGCUCUCACCAACACCAUGCUGGUAGCCGAGAUCGGCUGCUGGUUCUUUGUUGGCGAGAUCAUUGGUCGGGGCUCAUUAAUCGGUUACAGUGUCUGAUUUUUGGAGAAGUACGACAUGAACACGUAGCCAUGGACUAUCCGAGUCGAACCUUGAAUAAAAUAGGGACUCCCGCCAGCUUGUUCGAAACAUUGUGUCAUGCAUUCGGUAACUUUGGUAGUGUCCUAACCCUCUACCACGAGGAGAUGGGCUGAUAGGCUAUCAAGGAAUAGUCAUAAAUCAUACUGUACUGUAUGUGUGCAUUUGUUAGAAGAAAUGGGAACCCAUCCCUCUUAUACUGGG